CAGAGCUGCAGGCAUCAUUAAAACAGAGUCUAGCGAAGAGGAGGAGGAAGAGGAGAGAAAGAGUGAGAGAGAGACAGAGAGAGGGAGAGAGAAGACAGAAUAAGGGAGGAGAGGGAGAAGAGAACAACGCUCUUCUCUCACAAGCAGCGCACUGCAUCCCUCAAGGGAAGAGAGAGAAAGAAAGAGAGAGGGAGAGAAAGAGAAAGCGAAAUGUGGACUUCUUUUAACCGGUGUGAGUGCAGCUCCGACUGAGCUUUCAGUGAGAGGACAGGAGGACAGGCGAAAGAGAGAGAGAGAGAUAAAGAGGGGGAGAGAGAGAUAAAGAGAGAAACGCAGAAAGGGAGGGAGGCAGCGAGCGUAGCGUAGUUUUAAUCCCCCUGGCAUGCGAGAGCAGCCCUUGCUGGGUGCUGUGUGUCGCUGUGCGCGCGCGGGACAGGGGGAAGCUGGCCGGGUCGCGGCUGUGACUGGGGCUGUGACUGGGGCUGUGACUGGGAUGCGCUGCGGCUAACCUGAGCCAGACAGGAAGAGCGUUUCAGCAUGCUGGGGAAGGACUACAUGCUCGCCAUCAUCAUCGUCAACUAUGACGAUAAUAUCUGGAGCGACCAGAACCUGGACCCGGACUCCGACCUGCCCCCGGGCUGGCGCACCAUCCGGGACAGCACCGGGACGUACUACUGGCACGUUCCCACGGGAACCACCCAGUGGCAACACCCCUCCUACAGCUCCGAGGAGGCCCACGGCGCCAUCAGCGGCAUUACCGCCGACGACCUCAAGAGCCUCGGUGUGGAUGGGCGAAGGCGAUCCCGGAGCAGGGAAAUUGAGAGUCCGCUGGCUUCUGUAAAUAACAGGAGGCCUCUGUCCUGGCAGGACGACUACUUCUCCUCCAACUCAGAUCCGGACUCCAAGUGUUUUGCCGUACGCUCCCUGGGCUGGGUGGAGAUUCCCGAGGAGGACCUGGUCCCGGGGAAGAGCAGCAUCGCUGUCAACAACUGCAUCCAGCAGCUGUCCCACAGCAAGUGCGAAGGGCGGGACGAUGUGGGGGCCUGGGGGCAGGGUCAGGACAUGGUGAUGAUUCUGAAGAAGGACACCCUCAGCCUGGUGGACCCCAUCGACCAGAGCCUGAUCCACUGCCAGCCAAUCGCCAACAUCCGUGUCUGGGGCGUGGGCUGCAACAAUGGAAGAGACAGAGACUUCGCCUUCGUGGCGAGCGACAAAGACACGUGCAUGCUGAAGUGUCACGUGUUUCGCUGCGACGUCCCGGCCAAAGCCAUCGCCGCCGCGCUGCACCAGAUGUGCUCCAAGAUAAUGGCGGAGAGGGCUGCCAUGCACCCCACCAUGACACGCUCUUUGACAGCUGAGGGCAUCUCACCUGAAGACUUACCACGGCAAGUGGGUUUCCUGGAUGCGGUGCGACAGAGGGUGCAGAAGUUCUCGGUGCAGUACAUCGGAAACCUGCCCGUCCCUCGGGCCAUGGGUAUGGAGGUGCUGAACAGGGCCAUCGAAAGCAUCAUGAAUGUGCGGGACAGAGAUGAGUGGGAGCCCAUUGCCAUCCACGUGUCGGACACCCUGCUGUCGCUGUGGAGGGGACAGGACGGGGAGGACCCUUUCUGGGAGUUUCAGGUGCGUUACCUGACCUUCCUGGGCAUCGGCCACGACACGCACACCUUCGCCGUCAUCGUGGACUCCGGGAAGCAGCAGUUCGAGUGCCACGCCUUCUGGUGCGAGCCGGACGCCGGGAACGUCUCUGAGGCGGUGCAGGCGGCCUGCAUGGUGCAGUACCAGAAGUGCUUGGUGGCCCAGACGCCGCCAAUCAAGUCCAAAAUACUGCGGGCCGGAGCCAAGGUGAAACGGACCGCCUCCAUGGACAUCUCCCCCUUUCAUCACCCCCGUCACCACGGCAACUCCUCCCCCAAAUUUGGAACGUCCAGCGUGAAGAAGGGCAUGAUGGCUUUCUUCGACACCUUCCGGAACAAACAGACGGCAGUGGCCAUGCCCUAGGGCCUGGUGAGGAGGGGAGGCGGGGAGGAGCAGGGUCUGUAGUUGGGCGGUAAGGGG